AUGAGUCCUGCUGACCCCCUAGCCCCUUCAUCAUUCCACUACCUUCUUACCAAUGCCGAAGCGCUUCUCUCUCGAUACCAAAGCUCCUAUCGCCAACUCUCAACCGCCCUCGUAGAUGCUCGCUCUGAGCUGAGCGCGCAAGAAGACGAGCUGGACGAGUCAGAAACAAGGGUGCGCCAUCUGAAGAUGCAGCUCGAGACGAUGGCAGAGCGUGCUAGCGAGCAAGACGAGCAAAUGCAAACACUCAUGGCCGACCUUGAAUUCGAGCGACGCGCAAGGCAAGAAGAGGAGGCUGCAAGGAAGCGCAGUCUUGCUCUCAUUCGUGGUCCAGCGUCAUGCGAGCAUACCAAAUGCCAAGACUCUCCUCGACGACACAACCGCAUCUCCGGUUCUGAGAUCAGCGUAGACUCUGGAUUCGAGUCGGAAACUGAAACCGAUGCUGCCAGCGUCUUCUCAAGAAAUUGCCUGAGCCCCACCGGUACCGAACGAUCGUCGAUCCACGAAGCUGAUUCACGCGAUACCACUCCCAAGGGCAAAAAGGUUCCCACUCGGCAACGGGGCAGCACAAACGACAAGGUCCCCGCACCGGUCAAUUUGCAGCAAGGAGGAUGGGGUUGUGCGAAUUGCGAGGGCGGCGCACAGUCUGCCGUUUGGGGACGGCUUGCCAAGGAGCGAGAAGAGAACCGAACGCUAAAACUGCGUGUAGAGAGUUUGGAAGAGGCGGUUGAGAGCGCGUUGAACGUUGUCGAUGGGCCUUGGGGGAUGUAA